AUGAGAUGGCCAAUAUUUAUUGGAUUUAUUUUCUUUCUUUUUAGUCAAUUUGUACUUAAUAUUGUGCAAAGUUUGUGGUUAACUAGUUGGUCAGACGAUAAUUCUAAUAUAACUUUAAAAGAACCAAAAAUGUCUGUUGGUGUUCGUUUCUUUAUUUAUGUACUUGUAGGACUUGGAAUUGUUCUUUCACUUGGAUUGUCAAAUAUUUUACAAAUUGUUGGUGCUGUAUCAGCCAGUAUUCGUUUACACGGACCUCUACUAGACAGAGUUUUGCAAGCUCCAAUAUCAUUUUUUGAUACAACACCUUUAGGGAGAAUAUUAAAUAGAUUUGGAAAGGAAUUUGAUGUUGUCGAUCUUCGUUUAGCCAGUACAUUUAGAAUGCUUGGAUUUAGUUUAUUAAUGGUACUUCAAGUAUUUAUUCUUAUUUCGUUAUCAAUGCCUAUUUUUAUUGUUUUAAUUGUUCCGACAGUUUUGUUUUAUUUAUUAAUUUUGCAUUAUUUUAUCCCAACAUCCCGACAACUUCAACGAUUAACAUCUGUCACUCGUUCACCUUUAUACAAUUUAUUUGCUGAAACAAUUAACGGAACAACCUCAAUACGUGCUUAUGGAGUUGUCCAAACUUUUUUUAAUCAUUUUUGUUCUAAAUUGGAUAUUCAAGUUGGAUGCAGAUAUUUUUCACUAAUUGCCAAUCGUUGGUUAUCUGUUCGACUUGAACUUAUUGGAAAUUUGUUAAUUCUUUUUUGUUCUGUAAUGGCUGUAUUUUCUCGCGAUUGGGGGACUGCUACAGCUGGACUUAUUGGAUUAGCUAUUUCUAAAAGUUUAGAUAUAACUGUAAUUCUUGGAUUUUUGGUUAGAAAUAUUAAUGAUGCAGAAAUGAGUAUAGUUUCGGUGGAAAGAAUUUUGGAAUAUAGAGAUUGUCCUCAGGAGGCAUCCUGGAAAAGUUCUAAAGGCAGAGAACCCCCAGCAGAUUGGCCUAGUCGUGGAGCUGUUCAUUUCCAAAAAUAUUCGUGUAGAUACAGACCAGAAUUGGAUCUUUCUUUACGCGGAAUUACUGCAGAGAUUAGACCUGGAGAAAAGACUUCUUUUGCUUUAGCACUUUUUCGAAUAAUUGAAGCAGCUGAAGGCCGUAUUUUAAUUGAUGGAGUAAACAUUGCUAAAGUUGGUCUACAAGAGCUUAGAUCUAGGAUAACGAUAAUUCCACAAGAUCCGGUUCUCUUUUCUGGCACUUUACGUUUUAAUUUGGAUCCAUUUAAUGUUUAUAAAGACCACGAAUUAUGGACAGCUUUAGAACAAGUCCAUUUAAAACAAUUUGUUGAAGCACAACCAAAAAAAUUAUUUUAUGAAAUUGCUGAAAGUGGAGAAAAUAUUAGUGUUGGACAAAGACAAUUACUUUGUAUGGCACGUGCAAUACUUCGACGAAGUCCUCUUAUAGUUUUGGAUGAAGCUACAGCUUCUAUUGAUUCUCAAACAGAUGAGCUUAUACAAAGGGCGAUAAGGACUGAAUUUAGUCGAUCUACAAUUCUAACAAUUGCCCAUCGUAUAAGCACAGUUAUGGACUAUGAUCGUAUAAUGGUACUUUCUGCAGGAAAAUUGGUAGAAUUUGACACCCCCGAAAAAUUGGCGGCAGAGAAAACCUCUCAUUUUCAUGCUUUAGUUAAGAACAGUAGUAAUGUGGAAAAAUAA